AUGGGAGCUGGCGGUGGUGUGGAGUGCGCUCAGCGCAAAGCAGAGGGAGGAAUGCUGAGCCCGUGCCACGGAUUCAGUGUGGAUACCGAACGUCCAGUCGUAUUCCGGGAAACGGUGAAGAGCUUUGGAUACAGCGUAGUGCAGUUUGGAAGCGGUGCCAAUGCUGGGGUGUUAGUAGGUGCUCCACUUCAGAAGGGGGAUGUGAACGAAACAGGGAAAAUCUACAAAUGCCAGGUGGUAUCAAGCAAAUCAGGCGGAUGCCAGGAGGUAGUUUUCCAAAGACCCACUGAUGCGGUCAACAUGUCUCUUGGUUUAUCUGCUUCGGCUCAUGAUUCUCAAGUGUUGGUGUGUGGGCCCAGAGUGCACCAAACCUGUGGGGAAAACAUAUAUCUCAAAGGUUACUGCUUCCUCUUGGACCAGAAUUUGAGGCAAAUCCAACGCUUUCCUGAUCAACUGCCAGAAUGUGCCAGACGUCCUGCUGACAUUGUUUUUCUGAUUGACGGUUCAGGUAGCAUAAGAACCUAUCAGUUCUCACAAAUGAAGACAUUUAUUUCUGAGGUCAUGAAGCGUUUCCGAAAUACAAACACUCAGUUUGCCUUGUCCCAGUACUCAAGUAGGUAUAAAGAACAGUUUGACUUUCUUCGUUUCAAAAAUACCAAAGAUUCUGAUGAAUUGAUUAGACCCAUCAGGCAGCUGUUUGGAGCUACUUUCACAGCGACGUAUAUCCAGAAGGUGGUGCGUGAAAUGUUUCUCCCAGAAAGAGGAUCCCGCAGUGAUGCAUCUAAAAUUCUCAUUGUGAUAACCGAUGGGGAGAAAAUAGAUGAUCCUCUGGAAUAUGACGAUGUGAUUCCAGAAGCACAAAGUGCUAACAUUAUCCGGUUUGCCAUUGGGGUUGGGCAAGCUUUCUCACAAGGAUCUGCAAGGCAAGAACUCACUGAUAUUGCCUCAAAACCCUCUGUGGAUCACAUUUUCUCCGUGAUCAACUUUGAUGCUCUCAAGGACAUCCAGAGCAAACUUCAGGAUAAAAUUUUUGCCAUAGAAGGUACUCAGUCCCAAGGCACUGGCAGCAUCUCUGAGUUCUUCCAUUUAGAGAUGUCCCAGGAAGGAUUCAGUGCCUUACAGACCCCAGGUGGCUCCGUAUUGGGAGCAGUAGGAAGCUAUGACUGGGCUGGAGGAGUCUUCCUUUACCAGAGCCGUGGUGAUCCAACUUUUAUCAAUAUCUCCAGCUCCACUAAUGAUUGGAAAUCUGCUUAUCUUGGUUAUUCAAUUCAGGAAGUUCAAGUCAAUGGACAGAGAAGCUACGUGGUGGGAGCCCCACGUUACCAACAUGUAGGCAAAGUUGCCUGGUUCAGCAAGGAGAAAGGGCAGUGGAUGAAGAAGUCAGAGCUGUCUUUAAAGAAGUCCCCCCAGAUUGGCUCGUAUUUUGGGGCUACCCUGUGUGCUGUGGACUUGGACAGAGACAGCAACACUGACUUGGUCCUCAUUGGUGCACCUAUGUAUUAUGACGGCACUGCAGGAGGAAGAGUCUAUGUUUGCCAAAGGCAGGGAGAAACAUUUUUCUGUGGCAAGGAAUUGCAAGGGGAACCUCAUCACCCCUUGGGACGCUUUGGAACCAGCAUAGCGGAAACAGGAGAAAUAACCGGGGAUCAGUGGACGGAUGUAGCUGUUGGAGCACCGAUGGAGGAUGACAAUCAAGGAGCUGUGUACAUCUUCAAGGGGAAGAGGAGAUCUGUCAAUGAAGCUUUUAGCCAGCGCAUCAGAGCAUCUCUCCUUGCCAACAGGCUGCAGUACUUCGGCCAAGCUCUUGAUGCGGGGUCAGAUCUUACAGGAGAUGGGCUCCCAGAUGUAGCUGUUGGGGCUGAGGGACAAGUGGCUGUCUUAAGAUCACGACCUGUGGUCAGUGUGGUGAGCGGAAUGACCUUUACCCCACCUGUCAUCCCUAUGUCUGCUUUUGAGUGUCAAGGCCAGGAAAUCAUGAAUAAGGAAGUCAGCCAGGCAACCAUCAGCUUUGAAAUCCAGCGAGACCCACGGUUUACCUUAGGCCCUGACAUUUUGAGCACCAUUUGGUACACUUUGACUUUGGACCCUGGUCGACAGAAAGUACGAGCCAUUUUCGACCAAGGUUUGGGCUCUUCUACCAUCACAGAAGAGAUGAAGAUCGGUAUGAGACCACACUCCAAGACCUACCGCAUAAAAUUACCAACUUGCACAGAAGACAGCCUCACGCCCAUAAUUCUCCAGCUGAAUUUUACCCUGAUAGGAGAGCCCAUCCCCCAUGCCAACAACCUGCGAGCCAUCCUACAGGAAGAUGAACCUAAUCGGCUUAAGGCAUCACUGCACUUUGAAAAGAACUGCGGUCAAGAUGGAAUCUGUAAAGACCAAUUAAAAACAUCCUUCAAUUUAUCAGGCCUGAACGAGUUGAUAGUUGGCCUGACCCCUGAACUCAAUGCAACUGUUUUCAUCCGGAAUGAUGGAGAGGAUUCUUACAGCACCAAUCUGACGUUCUUCUACCCAUCUGCACUGUCCUACCGCAAAUUUACACUAGUGCAGUCCAACAGGAAAUAUGUGGUCAUUAAAUGCACCUCUGUACCUGCUGCAGAGGAGGUCACUGUGAGGAACACCACCUGUGACAUCAAUCAUCCCAUCUUCCGGAGCAUGGCUGAGGUGAUCUUCAUUGUCUCCUUUUCUGUUUCCCAAGAUGCAAAUCUAGGAAGUGUAGUACGGAUCAAUGCCACAGCUGCCAGUGAAAAUGGUGGCACCAUCACACAGGACAUGGUUCAUCAGGUGGAGCUGCCUGUCAAAUAUGCAAUCUAUGUUUUCAUCAAUACGUUGGAUGAGUCAACCAAGUAUGUUAAUUUUUCGGCUGGCCAGGAAGAUGAAACUCGGAUUGUGGAACAUCGAUUUGAGGUGAAGAACACGUAUCAUCGAAAAGUUCCUAUUUCAGUGACGUUUCAGUUUCCUGUGUUGCUGAGUGAGAGAUGGAUUUGGAAUGCAUCUUUGGAUGUCCCUCUAGAGUUUCCCCAGGUUGUUUGUAUCCCUGGAAAAAAUACUCCAGGAUCGAAAGAGUUUGUGAAGCAACUAAGCAAACAGCCCAUUCUGGACUGCUCUGUAGCCACCUGUAAAACAAUCACUUGCAAUAUUCCAUCUUUGGAGCUCCAGCAACCAAUUGAGUUCACGAUCAAGGGGGACAUUGGCUUCAAGUGGUUUUCCCAGACCCAGCAGAAGAAAGUGACUUUAGUGAGCUCUGCCCAGAUUUCCUACGAUGAGAGCAAAUACAAGCAGAAAGAGGGCUUUGUGCAGAACCAGGUGAAGACCACAGUGGAGUUCUUGGAGGCCUACAACUACCUGCCCAUCAUCAUUGGCAGCAGUGUGGGUGGCCUAGUCCUCCUUGUUCUGAUUAUUGCUGCUCUGUAUAAGCUUGGAUUCUUCAAAAGACAGUACAAACAGAUGAUAGAUGAGGCAGGACCAGGAGAUAAUGCGGCGGCUGGAAAUCCACCAGACCCCAGCACCUCUUCCGCUGCUACCAAAGGAUAACCAAUUCUCUUAUCCAUUCCUUUGCUAAGACUCUUCUUGUACCAUUCCAAUGGUUAGAUGGGCCAUUGUGCCCUGAAGAAGAGAGAACUGCUCCAGCAUGUAACCGAGAUGUUUCUUUUCCCUAGGCAAAAGGUGCUUUAAUGGCAGGAAAUGGCCUGCUGGUAAACUCACCCAUUCCCAUGCUUGAUAUUUAUGGUCAAGUUGAGAAACUUCAUCCAGCUACUGGAUCUCAGUGGAAUCGAAUGCAAUAUAGAAGGUCACAUUCUUUUGUAAGCAUGUGUUUUGUGGGAAAACAUGCAUAUUGUGGAUCGGGUUCUGAUCCCUCUAUCCUGGUAAGGAGCAAAAUCAAACUUACACUAAAGGAAGGAGAAAUGUUUAAUUCACGUUUACAUGCAAACCUGUCAAACAAUUAAAAAUUCACAGUUCUCUGAA